AUGGAGUUGGAUAGCUUAACGUCUGUUUCGGUCGGAUAUUUCGGCGAUGAUGGAAAACACAAUAUUUCGGUUGUAUUGCGUAUUAUUGACGAUCAAGUACUUAUAGGAGACCUACACAAAAAAGUAUUGGAUCAACUUGGUGUCAGUGAAAAAUGUCGUCCCUAUUUUGCCAUCAUGGAAGGUAAGUCACGUCCUAGUCGGAAGCUGAAACAGACGGAUAAAGUGAAGAUGUCUUCAAAUAGCAAAGGAUUGUUUCUACAUAAAUGGUGUUUUGAUCAAGAUGAUGAAGACAAACUGUUAGAAGAUGAAGCAGCCUGUAAUCUGAUCUACAAUCAAGCUAUUUUUGGUUUAAAAACUGGUCGGAUUGUGGCAAGUAUUGAAGAAAAAAUGGCUUUAAAUGAGCUUUCAUGUUCUGCUCGGCCCUCCAAACCUGCCUUCAUCCAGUUAUGUCGUCGUCUUCCUGGUUACUACAUAGUCAAUGUGGACAAUUGUUUACUCAACGAAAACUCAACUCUUUUCCCGAAUACCAUGAACUGUGUGUGUAAAGUGUCCUUGUCCAAAAAUGACUUAGCAAUCACUACAGAAAAUCAUAUUGCAACUAUAUGUUGGAAACAUAUAAAACAAUGGUCGUUACAACCUUCUGAACCUAGUCUGACAUACAUUAUAACGUGUUUUACUGAUUCGAUGAACAACACCACAUGUGAUGAACGAAUCCUGUGUCUGGAGAGUGAACAAUUAGAAUAUCUUUUGGCAGCUACUCAUGAAUUUAUUAAAAACCUACAGAAUCUUUCUCAUCAAAAUGCUUUCUUUGGGUCAAUGAUAAGGACAGAAGCCGAUGGCAGAGUCAUUUGGUCAAAUCCGCUCACAACUUAA